AUGCAGUAUGCGAAGAAGAUUGAGGAUAGCGUGGCCAGGUUCUCCCGUAGGAAGAGCGAUCCGCACCUUGCAGUCGUGUACGACUUGUUUCCUACCAUCAACAAGGAUCAAGUUGCGGUGGCCAAAGCCGAGAAGAUGGCUUCCAGCGGUGCUCCAGAAGAGGCCGCCAGGGUUUUCCUGAAGAUGGGAUCGACCGCGGCGGACAUCGUUAUGUUUACGGAGGAGUUAGGUGGUGAGGUUCCCGUGGUUGGCGCCGUGUUGAAGACGCUUAAAGCCAUCCGGUUGAGGUUUGAAGCCGUUCAAAGCAAUACGGAGAGGCUGAAGGCGUUGGAAGAGCGGUGCACGUACGUCACGGCGUGCGUCAUCGUCAAGUGGAGGCAAACCUCGAGCUCGGAGAUGAAUGUAGCCCCGCUGGAGUCCUGCGUCAACGCCGCGGAAGAUUUCAUCGCGCGGUGUAGCCGACGAGGGUUGUGUGGACGUUGCACGAAGGCCUCAAGCGACAACGACGAGCUUUUGACCUUGAACUCGCGUGUCGACAGUCUGACUGGAGAUUUGGGUCUCGCGGGCAUUGCCAGCCUGGACGCAAAGGUCGAUGACUUAAAGGCGAUGUUGGCGGAAGUGAUUGCACAGAACACAAUGCCAGCCUCUGUCCCGGUGGCCGCAGUGCCAAACGGAAAGCCGGUCGAACAUUCCUGGCACGUCGCACGCGAUAGGGUCGUGGAUGCCGUGUACGAGCACCUCUCUUGUGGGCAAACGCCACAAGUGGUGGGAUUAGUCGGUCGGAGCGGCUCAGGGAAGACCACGUGCGCCGCGUCUAUCGUCGGAGAGUCGACAGGCAGACGCCAUCAGAACGAAACCGGGGACCAAAUGCUUCGGCGUUUAAACCGGGUUCGGGAGCACUUUCGCGACGGGGUGGUUUGGCUACGGGUUGGCAGGGGUGGCGGGUCAGCGGAGCGCGUCCCCGCCCUGAUGUCACAGCUGGCGAAGACGGUUUUCGAAGACCUUAAACAUAGUUACGGGUUUGCCCCUGGAGCGUCACCCACUGGAGGUGGCUCGGCCUUCAUCAGCGACUUUGUUCGGGGGAAAGGAUCGGCCGCGGGACGAAAACGCUGUCUAGUUGUCGCUGAUGAUGUCUGGGAAGUCGACAUUCUAGAGGAGCUUCGACACACGGGCAUGUGGGUUCUUUUCACGAGCCGCGACCCUGACUUGGUGGAGAGAGUGGAAGGCAGCGUAGUCCCGGUCGACCAACUUUCUAAGGCUGAAGCAGAAUGCCUCCUCCGGGGCGCUGCCGAGCUGUCGACUGGAUCCAGCCUCCCGUCAGCGGCGGCGCAGGUUAUCGAGCGGUGUGACCGGAUGGCAAACCGAUUGGAAUUUGUCGGCCGAUGGAGUACUGUCAAGGGCAGCGAUGACGAAGAGGACUGGGCGGAGGCUGUCUCGGCCAUCGACGCCGAGAUGAGUGCGAUGGCGGGCGAAGCAAAUGCGCAAAAAAGCGACGAGGAUCUCUCCGGUGUCAAGCGUGUCGCUAUCCUUCGCGCUGGCUUCCUCGAUCUUGCUGCCCAGAAUGGCUUCAACCCGUUGCUCUACCUUAGCCUUGCGGUCAUGCCCGAUGGCCGUGCUUUUGGGGCGAAAGAAGCGGCCGUGUUUCUUUUCGACGAUUGGGCUGAAGAACGGGCUAGCCAGCGUAGGACCAGGCAGGCGGCCAAGGUCGUGGCCAACCUCGAACAGUGGGCGGUGGUAACGAUGCAUGGGAACUUGUUUCGAAUGCACGAUGCUCACUCAGACUUUGCGAGGAACAAGCUGAAGAGGAGCGAGGACGUGCGCGCGUCGGCCUUGAGGCGUUGGCGCGGUUUCACCUCCAGACUAGACACUAUCCGUUCCAUGGACUACUUUGAGAUGGUCGAUCUUUGGCACGCGACAGAGAUGAUAGGAGGGGAGAGUUGGCGCGUGUCACGCCCGUACCAUGUUGCUCUGGAUUCUCUCCGAGACUCUAGUCCUGAGUGCAUCCCCUCCCUGAAGGCCGUGGUCGAGUUCGGGAUCAAUGAAUGUGCGUGGGAAGUCACGCAUGACGUUGCGCUCCGGUUGCUCCGCGUGCAGAAGGAUGCGGCGGUGGAACACGCAGAGGUACGGCACACCUUAGAAUCUCUCAUCCAUUGUGCAAACGCCUUAAAUCUAAACAGCGACGCGGAUGCUCAUCGUCGUGAGCUCUCGUUGAUGGUGGACGCCGCCUGGGAGAACCGAUCGAAUACAGCUAGCUCUCCCCCAAGGCUUGUUGCGAAGCGAUUAUUGGAACGUGGCCAGCAAUUGGCGAUCACACGACGGCCCGACGAGGCUCAUGAGGCUAUCAGCGAAGCUUUGCGCCUCCAAGAAGAACGCAGCGGGGACUUCGAAAGGCUGGAGAUAUCGGCAACCCUGGAAUUUUUAGCUAUUGUUCUGGUGGAUCUCAAGCGGUACAACGAAGGAGUGGAGGUUUACCAGCGAUGUCUCCGUAUCAAAGAGGAUCUCUACGGACUCGAGCACUUACGGCUGACGGUAACACUGCAUAACUUGGCUGUUUGUGCUCUAAAGCGUGGGGAACCGGGCGACGUCGAAAAAGCCAGCGAGCUCCUUCGUCGUGCUCUCAGCAUCAAGGAAGUGAAAACAGGAGAGGAUCAUGUGGGGAUGAUUCGCACUUUACAUUGGCUCCGCAGGUGUGCGGAAAAAGCGGGAGAACCCGAACAGCAAAGGCACUGGGAGGAGCGAAUCAAAAGGCUCGAGGAUGCGAAUACCGAACCCAAAUAA